GGAUUUGAUCUGGGUGGAAAAUUAGUUACUUUAUAGUGGGAGGAUAAGCAAGAGAGCAUGCACUAGCCUGGAGAUACCGACUCCCUGCCGGCGGCUCCUAGAGCUGCUGGGGAGUCUGGAGGCGCUGCAGGUUCAUCUCCUUGCGGUCCGCGGGACCUGUGGGGACCUGGCUUUUUCUGGGUUGAGGUAAUUUCCGGGGCUGAGAUCCUACUUUCCCUUAUUCCGAGGUGCAGCCCGGAAUAAACAUCCCGGGUUACUUGGGGUGAUCUCCGUCCCCACCACAAGGGGCCUAAAGCCGGGGAGACGCAGUACAGGGGACGCGAUGCAGGCGCCUCCCCUCCGAGCGAGCUCAGCAGCCGAGGCGGGAAUCCUGUGGAUGGGGGCGCGGCCCUCCGCGGGGUCCAGUUGCAGGGAGUGAGGGUUCCGAGCGAGGUGCGGUUCGGCGCGGCCGAGGGCAUCUUUCGAGGCCAGAGCCCAGAGACGGCCUAGAAGAAGGGGUAACCUUUCUUGUGCCUGGAAGGCGACUUCCGAGCGGCCGAGCACUCCCGGGGGCCUGCACUCACUGACAGGAUACAAGGCCGUGACAGCGGAAGGCUGCCUGACUGGAGUGCCCGGGAGCCUCUGGGAAGCAGCGUCCGGUGACGUGCUACACCGCGCAGAGGGUUCUGGGAGUUGUAGUUCGACCUUGUUUUCGGGCUGGCGGGUCUUGGACCCGCUGGCUCCUAGAUGCCUCUGUCUCUGGCCCGGCUUCCUCCGUGUCUAGCGUGAAAUCGAGCCUGGGGUGGAGGAGGGCUGAGCGCGGGUCCUCUAAACCGGAGUGGCUGGAGGGAGGGCGCAGGGAGCCCCCGGGUAGGCGCCCGGCGGCCCGGUGAGGGUCGCGCGCUUUCCCGGGCCUCUGGGUGGACAGAGCGGUGGACCCUGGUCUCGCGGUGGGGGCCUCCUGCACGGUCCAGGGAGGGAGUCGCCGUUCAGCCUGGGGGCAGAGGGUCACUUUCUGAGGACUCAGACCUUCUCCAUGCUGGGAACCCAGAAGAAAGGGGCGUGCUCACUGUGCUGCUGACCCCUGCAGCCCAGGAGUCGCUCAUGAUCAGGGAUAUGGCUGAGGCUCUCGCCCAGUGGGGACAGCUGAACCCUCUGCAGGGAGAUGUGCCUGAGAAGCAUAGGAAUCUGGUCUUGCUGGGGCUUCCAAUUUCCAAGCCUGAUGUAAUCUCUCAGUUGGAGUCUGGGGAGAAGCUGGAGAGAGAAGCCUCAAAAACCACUAGUCCAGACUGGGAGAUAAGACCAGAAGGCAAGAAGCUAACUCGAGAGCAGGAUGUUUCUGAAGAAGAGUCAGCCCCUGGAGUGUUAAUUGAAAGAUUUCCAAAGGAAGGUGACAGUGGAUGUGAGGAUUCUCUAGAGAGUCAGCAGGAAAACCAGGAGAAACAUUUAAUACAAGAAGUUGUCACUCAGAAGAAAUCUGGGGAGAGAAGUUACCAGUGUGAUGAAUUUGGAAGAAAUUUUGGCCGGAGGUCAUUACUUGUUCAACAGCAAGGAGAAAGACUACAUAAUUGUGAUUCAUUGAAAAAGAACCUAAAACAAAAUUCAGAUCUAAUGAGGCAUAAGAGAAUUUGUGCAGGGAAAAAACCCUGGAAGUGUAGUGAGUGUGAGAAAGCCUUUAGUUAUUACUCAGCUUUUGUUUUGCAUCAGAGAAUUCACACAGGAGAAAAGCCCUAUGAGUGUAAUGAGUGUGGCAAAGCCUUUAGCCAGAGUAUACACCUUACUCUCCACCAGAGAAUUCAUACCGGAGAAAAGCCCUACAGAUGUCACGAAUGUGGGAAAGCCUUUAGUCACCGAUCAGCCCUUAUUCGCCAUCACAUAAUUCACACUGGAGAGAAACCUUAUGAAUGCAAUGAAUGUGGGAAGGCCUUUAAUCAGAGCUCAUAUCUCACUCAACAUCAGCGAAUCCACACCGGAGAGAAACCUUAUGAGUGUAAUGAAUGUGGGAAGGCCUUCAGCCAAAGCACAUUUCUUACCCAGCAUCAGGUCAUUCACACUGGAGAGAAACCCUAUAAGUGUAACGAAUGUGGGAAAGCUUUCAGUGAUCGUUCAGGCCUCAUCCAGCACCAGAGAACUCAUACUGGGGAGAGGCCUUAUGAGUGUAAUGAAUGUGGGAAAGCCUUUGGCUACUGUUCAGCCCUGACUCAACACCAGAGAACUCACACAGGGGAGAAACCCUAUAAAUGCAGUGAUUGUGCCAAAGCCUUCAGUGACCGUUCAGCCCUCAUCCGUCAUCAAAGAACACACACUGGAGAGAAACCUUACAAGUGUAAUGAUUGUGGGAAAGCCUUCAGCCAGAGCUCAUCUCUCACAAAGCACCAGAAAACUCACACUGGAGAAAAACCUUAUAAGUGUAAGGAAUGUGGAAAAGCCUUCAGCCAGAGUUCAUCCCUUUCUCAACAUCAGAAAACUCAUGCUGGAGGGAAAACCAAAGAAUAUGGAAAAGUCUUUAGUGAGCAUUCAUCCUUUGGCCAGCAAAAUAGAAUUCAUAAUGGUUAAAGACUGUAAAUUUUUUUCCUGGGUGUGACUAAUCAUCUGAGUAGUUAUCUCAAUCAACAAUUCUUGAGGGGACAAUUGUUGAUUGAGAUAACUACUCAGAUGAUUACGCACAUCCAGGGAAAAAUGAGGCCUGUGAGUUAGCCAGUCACAAAGUUCCCAUGAGGGCAGCUUCCCCUGAAUCCACAGCACAUUGGCCUGGCAGUUCACUUUUGCACUUUGUGUCUUUUAGACCUUGCUUAUUGAGACAUCUACUGAAAAUCAUGUUAAUUACCAGGGUCAGACCUGUAGCCUAGAAAGGGGGAGUACAGAGGGGCCUUUGAUGUUUUCUGUGUUUUAAGCUGAGUUACUUGAUAAUGCGCUUAUUUAUGAAGAUUUACCUUCAUUGUAUGUAGUUUGUACUUUAGACUUUUUCAUACCAUAGUAAAAUUUAGUUGUGGGCCUGAACUGACACUGAAUAUUAGGUUGUGAAAAUUUGAAAAGACUUUGAAAUACUUGCCUUUCACCAUUUUAUUUUUGGGUAGAAGAAGAUGACAUGAUAUAUAUAUUUUUUAAUUGAAAUUUUGAAGGUUAUUAUUAGAAACGUUUUGAGUGCUGUGUUUUUAAUUUUUGAAUUUGACUAAGAUAUAUCUUUGUGUAGAUUUCUUUGAAUUUAUCCUGUUUGCUAAGCUUGAAUCUGUAGGUUUAUGUCUUUUGCUAAAUUGGGGGAAUUUUCAGCUAUCAUUUCUUUGAAUACAUUUUCAGCCUCCACCUCCCAAACCUUCUCUCCUUCCAGGACGCUGAAACAAAUGUUAGGUCGUUGCUUGUAAUAUCACAGGUUCCUGAGACUCUAUUCAUUGUUUUUCACUAUAUGUUUAUCUUAACCUGCUCAGGCUGUCAUUAAAAUAACAUGCCAUAGACUGGGUGGUUCAAACAACAGAAAUUUAUUCCUCAGAAUUAUGGAGGAUACAAGUCCAAGAUCAAGGUGUUGGCUUCGGUCUCUGGUCCUGGAUCUCGUCCUGGCUUUCUUGCCUACUGUAUCCUCGCAUGGCCUUUCCUUGAUGUAUGCCUGUGGAAAGAGUGGCAAGAUCUCUCUUCCUUAGCUUUAAAGGCCACCAGUCCUAUCAGAUUAGGACCCCAACCUUAUGACCUCAUUUAACCUUAAUUACCUCUAAAAAGUCCUUUCUCCAAACACUGUCACAUUUGGAAGUAGCAUUCAGCAUAUGAAUGUGGGAGGGACACAAUUCAUAGCAUUUGCCCCUGGCCCCCCAAAUUCACAUUCUUCUCACAUGCAAAAUACAUUCAUUUCAUCCCAACAACUCUCAAAGUCUGAACUUAUGCUAGCAUCAACUCUAACUUAUGCUAGCAUCCCAGUUUCACCUACAGAUCACGUAAAGCAGGUAUGGGUUAGACUCAAGGUACAUUUCAGACUCAAGGCAGAUUCCUCUCUGCUGUGAACUUGUGAAACCAGACCAAUGGUGGGACAGGCACAGGACAGAUGAUCCACUCUAAAAGGAGAGGAAGGAAGGGA